AUGUUCGUAUACGCCGUGCCCCCACAGCCCUACUCUCCCUCCCCCAAACCCCUGCCCGCGCUGCACUGCAACGUGCUGGCCGCCUCGGAAUCCUGCGUGCACUUCCCGCCGCCCUCCAGCCCGGAGAAGGCGUACACUUCGCCCCUGCAGCAGCACAUUCAAGACAUCUUCCACCAUGAUGCUGUCGACUACUCACACAUUCCUGCCCCGCCUCCGCACGCCGACCAUCGACGCAGAUACCGGGGCUUGGGAGACGGCCUGAACGACAUAGGCAAGCAGGCUGACCUCUUGACGCACAGCAAUAACAAUGCUCGCACACGCAAUCAGCCCGCUUUUCAGCCGCAGAAGAGAGCGAAGGGCACAAACUCGUGGCAGCUGAAGCAGUUCGCCGAAGCCACGCUGGGCAGUGGGAGUUUGCGCAAGGUGGUACAACUACCUGAAGGCGAGGAUAGAGAUGAGUGGCUUGCAGUGAACAUCGUCGACUUCUACAACCAAAUCAACCUCCUCUACGGCGCCAUCACCGAAUUCUGCUCCCCCACCUCCUGCCCCGAGAUGAAAGCAACCGACGAAUUCGAAUACCUAUGGCACGACCCGCCCGCCUACCCCAAACCCACGCGCCUCCCUGCCCCCACCUACAUCUCCCUCCUCCUCUCCUGGACAUCCAACCACCUCUCCAACCCCGCCGUCUUCCCCACGCAACCCGGCGUGCCCUUCCCCGAGGGCUUCGAGAAGACGGUGCGCGUGCUGUUCAAACGGCUGUACCGCAUCUACGCGCACAUUUACUGCCAUCACUACAGUGUUGUGCGGGGGUUGGGACUUGAGGCGCAUCUGAAUACGGGCUUCAAGCAUUACGUGCUGUUUGUGGAGGAGUUUGGGUUGGCGGAGGAGAAGGGAGUCAAGUCGCGGAGUGAGUGGUUUGGGCCGCUGGGGGAGUUGGUGGAAAGUAUGUUGCGGAGUGAUUGA